GUUAUCGUCACCAUCGCAUUCUCCGUCGUUGAUUGCCCUGGACUCGUCAUCCAGCUCGUCAAGUCGGAAAAGACAACGCUCGCAGUCAAUGCAAUCGGACACCUCUUCUCCCAAACGAUCGGCCUCGGAAGGGCCCUACCAGGAUUCGCCGCCACAGUCCUCGCAUUCCAGGAAAGCUGUUCAUGACAUUGACGCCAAUAUGAACGAACAAGAAGAUGGAGCCACCCUUGAACAACCCCUCUCGUCCUCACGGGCCGUCAAUGGUGUGUCUGGUCCGAAGCCGAUGUCCGGCCAAGAAAAAAUCGAGGCUGUCGACUCUCUCAAGAAACUACCUAUGUCUGCUGGAGAGACGUGGUACGUUGUCUCUAGAGCAUGGUACAGACGAUGGGAAAAGGCGUGCACCGGCCAGGUGGAUAAGGAUGGUCCAGUUGAAGAGAAAGACAUUGGACCCGUGGAUAACUCUGGCAUCAUCGACAAGGAUGGCAAUUUGCUUACAUCCGUUGUGGAGGGUAUAGACGUCGAGUUUGUCCCUAAGUCGGUAUGGGAGAUGUUCACCAGCUGGUAUGGCAAAAGCGAACAUCCACUCCCGAGACCAGUUAUACUUCGUGGCUACUCGCGGCAGCCUUACCUCGAAAUCCAUGUCCCCAGAUUCAGAGUUUUCCGCAUCACUGCCGAACCUGAUCCAUCGAAUUCUCCUGGCUCUCCCAUUUAUGUCUCCGCCAGCUCGCAGUUCACUGUUAAAGAACUGUUUCAACGCUUCCGUCACGCUGUAGCACCUAAUGAAUCAGCGAACUUUACCGUGUACCGGAUUGAAAGCGACGACUUGGAAGGGAGAUACUGUACGCCAUCGCAACUCACCGCAGCCCAAGCACAAAAGGUUGCGGAAAGUGAUGAAACUAUCGAGGCUUCUACAAUCAACUCAGGCGACACGUUCGCGGUGGAAAUUCAGGGCGACGGAAGUCUAGCAUCGGCCGAAGCGACGCAGGUGACUGCUGAAGCCAACUCCGACGAGGACAAACCGCUUUUCGGUGAAGGAAGUGACUUCUUCGGUCGUCUGGCGGCGUCGGCGCCCAAGACGCAGUCAACCACAUCCAUCGGCAGGACUGCGUCUGGUACUUCCAGCCUCACAAUGACAAAGCCAUCCUCGGCUCUCGUCACUACGCCGUCAACCAGCCGCGUCAAGUCCUCACAAGAACCGGGCACGCUAGGUUUGGGUAACAUGGGUAACACAUGUUUCAUGAACUCUGCACUGCAGUGCCUAGCACACACGAAGGAAUUGACGGACUAUUUCCUGACGGGUGUCUACCAGGACGAGCUUAACCCCGACAACCCGCUGGGUAUGCACGGAGCCAUUGCGGAGGCCUUCGGCGCCCUCCUGCAGCGCAUCUGGGCCAUGAACCCGACCUCGACGUCUUACUCUCCAAGGGAGUUCAAACAGGCACUCCAGCGGUUCGCACCGCAGUUCAGCGGGUACCAGCAGCACGACUCCCAGGAGCUAGUCGCGUUCCUGCUGGAUGGACUGCACGAGGAUUUGAACCGAAUCAAGAAGAAGCCCUAUGUCGAGAAGCCAGACUGGGAGGGGGGAGGGGAUAAAGAGCUCGUCGAGCUGGCGAAGAAGUCUUGGGAGGGGUAUCUCCUGAGGAACGACAGUGUAAUUGUAGACCUUUUCCAAGGGCAGUACAGGAGUACUCUGGUGUGCCCAGAGUGCCAGAAAGUCUCCAUCACAUUUGAUCCGUUCAUGUAUCUCACAUUGCCUUUACCGGUGAAGAAGAAAUGGAGACAUGAGAUCUAUUAUGUUCCAUGGGAUAUCAACAAACCGCACGUGAAGGUACCCGUCGAGAUCAACCGUGAUUCCUCGUUCAGAGAACUCAGGCAACUCCUUGCGCGAUGGAUGGGUUCGAAAGCAGAAAACCUGCUGACAUUGGAGAUAUUCAGCCAUCGCUUCUAUAAGAGCCUGGACGACAAUUGUCUCUGCGGGGAUGUGUCUGAUAGCGACACGAUCGUUUGCUUCGAGCUGCCCUGUCCUUCGCAACAGAGCCCUAAAUACAAACGCAAGCCUGGAGACCCUUUCAUCAUCCCCGUUUUCCUUUGUGACAUCACCCCAUCAAGGCAAUCAUAUGGGCGGACAGCUAAUGCCAGUCUCUUUGGCUAUCCAUUCGUCGCUGUCAUCACUGAGGAACAAGCACGAGACCUGGACUCUAUCUAUGCUGCGGUCGUUGAACGACUGUCUCGGUGGACGGCCAAUGCGAGACAUCUCUACACUUGGGAGGAGGGCCCUGCGGACGAGAUGGAAGAAGUGCCAAUCACACUCACUGGUUUUCCCCCGGUGAAUCCUGUCGCAGAGGUGAAGGUGAAUGGCGACAUUGUUACAGUGGAAGAGGAGAUGCCGGAGGAGGGCGAUAUUGUCGACGAGAAGUCCGCUGUGGUCGACGACGAUAUCCCUAAGAACGGCGUCCCUGCUGGGGUCCCCAAGAUCACGGGACCCAAGAAAGACGUGUUCAAUUUCAGACUCCAGGUCGGGCACAACGAGCUCGGAACAGGUUAUGGUAGUUACGGGAGUCAGCAUUACGUCUCUUGGGAGAAGCGAGAGGAAGCAGCCCGACAAGCGACCCCAGAAGACCCAAACCCGGUUCUUCUCCAGGAAGGAGAUGCGUUUUUCUGUGAGUUUGACGAGAACAUGAAGGCAUUCUUCUUUGGAGACCAAGCCGUGAACUGGGAGCACGCGCUUUGGAUGCGCUGGGAAGAUUUCGUUCACCCAGAGUACGAGGAAGCUAGGAAGAAUGCCUCGGAGAAGAAAACGCGAGGGAUUUCCAUUCAAGACUGCCUGGCCGAGUUCACGCGGGAAGAACAGCUCGGAGAAGACGACCUCUGGUAUUGUCCUCGCUGUAAGAAGCAUCAACAAGCGACCAAGAAAUUCGAUCUGUGGAGCAUCCCCGAUGUCCUUGUCGUUCACCUAAAGCGGUUCAGUAACAGUCGGAUGCUCCGAGACAAGAUCGACGCCUUCGUGGAUUUCCCCGUAGAAGGCCUUGAUCUUACCGACCUGGCGGGCGAGCGCCAAGUAGCGAAGAGCUUGCAAGCCCAAGGCCUUGACGUCUCUGAAUUUGGCGACCUCGACGAACCCCUCGUCUAUGAUCUGUACGCUGUAGACGAGCACCUCGGUGGCUUAGGAGGAGGACACUAUCGUGCCUACGCGUAUAAUCACGUCACGAACAAGUGGUAUCAUUUCGACGAUUCAUAUGUGACUCCUGCGCGACCUACUGACGCUGUGAAUCAAAAUGCAUAUCUCUUGUUCUACAAGCGACGUACGAAUAGACCUCUUGGCGGGAAAACCCAUGCCAAGAUUGAGGAGGCGCGUUCAAAACCCCAUACUUCUCCGAAUGCCAGCCAGGCUGACGUUGCCGACGAUGUCCAAUUACCUACUCCGCCCGAUGAAGUAGCACCUGUCUCGGGCAUGACAAAGGAGUUGUUGUUCUCCGAUUUGCCAUUCCGAGGACUGCCUAGCCCAGCCCUUUCCUCCUCUGCUUCUUCCCCGCCCCCACUUGACGACGUCGAACCCCCCUCGUUUGACGACGCCCAAUUUGAUGACAUUGUGCAGACCAGCGUAGACCCUCUUGUCUUCGUCAACAGAGCAUACGACUUCCCUAACCCCUCCAGCCAUCCAUCUCCCUCUUCCUCCAACGACGUCGAGGUGGAUGAGGACGAACGUAUGGAUCCCUGGAUCGACCCGUUUCCUAGCUCACAGAGCAUGGUACCAGACAGCAAAAUCUGGGAUGUGAAUUACAAGGCCGACGAAGCACAAUCGCCCCUCCCAGGCAGUGACUACACACCAUCCGACAUAUCCCCUGACGUUUCAGCUUCGGAUGCUGAUCCAGUGAACGACCAGAUUGAUGACGACUUCGAACCUCCGGACAUCAGUAGUUCACACUCUACGCGGAAGAUCCGUGUUCUCGCGCCGAAAUCCCUUGAGGACGAUCUGUAG